AUGGCCAAUUCUUCCUUUGUCACUGAGUUCCUGUUGCUGGGUUUCUCCAGCCUUGGGGAACUACAAUUUGUCCUAUUUGUGGUUUUUCUCUCCCUCUAUUUGAUCAUCCUGAGUGGAAACCUGACGAUCAUCUCGGUCAUCCGCCUAGAUUGCAAUCUUCACACCCCCAUGUACUUCUUUCUGUGUGUCCUUUCUGUCUCGGAGACCUUAUACACAAUUGUUAUUCUGCCCAAGAUGCUUAUCAACCUAUUCUCCGUACUCAGGACACUCUCCUUCAUGAGCUGUGCCACCCAAAUGUUCUUUUUCCUUGGUUUUGCCAUCACCAACUGCCUACUCCUGGGAGUGAUGGGUUAUGAUCGCUAUGUUGCCAUCUGCCAGCCUUUGCACUAUCCCAUUCUCAUGAGUUGGAGGGUAUGUGGACAACUGGCAGGUAAUUCUAUUAUUGGUGGCUUUCUGACAUCCCUUGUGGGGACAACUUUGGUGUUUAGUCUCCCUUUCUGUGGCUCCAACAAAAUUGACCACUACUUUUGUGACAUUUCACCUGUCAUUCGUCUUGCCUGUGCUGACACUCACAUUAAUGAACUGAUUAUCUUCAUUGGUGGGGCUCUUGUCCUUCUUGUGCCCUUCAUCUUCAUCUGCAUUUCCUAUGGCUUCAUCGUCCGCACCAUCCUGAAGAUUCCGUCAGCUGAAGGCAAGCGGAAAGCCUUCUCCACCUGUGCAUCUCAUCUCACGGUGGUUAUUGUGCACUACGGAUGUGCUUCUUCUGUCUACCUGCGGCCCUCAGCCAAAUACACGACAGGAAAAGACCGACUGGUGACAGUGACCUAUACCAUCAUCACUCCAUUGUUGAACCCCAUGGUAUACAGUCUCAGGAACAAAGAUGUCCAGAUAGCUAUUCGGAAAAUUAUCGGAAAGACUGGAUUUUUCCCUAAGAGAUUAUAA